AUGAACAGCACCACCACUAAAAAAAACAACAACAGGAACAACAACAACAACAAGAAUAAUAAUAAUAAUAAUAAUAAUAAUAAUAAUAAUAACAAUAAUAAUGGUAGUGGGAUGUUUAAUCCUCCUCCCCGUUAUACGCGAAAGACACAUGUGUUAGAACACUUUGGCGAUAUUCGAGACGAUCCCUAUCAUUGGCUGCGUGAUCGCCGCAAUGCCGAAGUCCGACGUUUACUGCGGCGUGAAAACAAUCACACAGAAUCUAUCUUCACAGCAUACGGCGGCACCAAAUUACGCCGCACUUUAUACCGCGAAAUGCGAGAACGAUGGAAAGAAGAAGAUGCAAGUCUUCCACAUCGUCAUGAUGGAUAUUGGUACUAUACACGUACUGUCACCGGUGCUGAUCAUCCACUUCUCUGUCGUCGACCUGUAGACACACAAACAACAACAACAACAACAACAACAGAUGCGGAUGUUAUUAAUGGAAGUUCUUCCUCUUCUUGUUCUUCUUUUGUGCGAGAUGUUGCUCGACUAUGGGCACGUAAUCCUGCUGCUCCGUUACCACGUUCUGCGGAAGAGGAAAUCUAUCUAGAUGUUAAUCUUCUCAUGCGUGAAUUACGAUUAGAGUCGGUGGAAAUUGGUGAUGCGGAGGUAUCACCCGAUGGAAAGAGACUCGCCGUUGCUGUUGACUGUUCAAAUGGAAGAGAAGUGUAUACAAUCUUUAUAAUGAACAUGACAGAUGUAAACUAUAGACAGUGGCUGCAUGAACACUCGCAAUUACACCGCGCCUGGGCAGAAGCAGUAGAAAGAGGGAAACAAUCUAUCUACGUAUCUCCAACCACUCGUCUACCACCACCAUCAUCAUCAUCACAGCGUAGUGCUACAAUGUUAAAUAGUGGAAAAGGGCGUGGACGUGUUUUUGGUAAUAAUAAUAAUAAUAAUAAUAAUAAUAAUAAUAAUAAUAAUAGCAAAGAGAGAUCAAAGAGUAGUGAGAUGUCUAUGGAGUUUCCUGUAGGAGAAGAAGAUACAGAAACCAAAAAGGAAGUCACUAAUACAACACUACCUUCUUCUUCAUCAUCAUCAUCAUCAUCAUUAUCGUCAUCGUCAACGAUAAGUAUGGACUCUUCUUCUUCUUCUUUUGCUUCUCCUUCCGUAACUACUAAUCAAACACGUGGGAAGCAAACACCACCAACACAUAAAAUCACAAGACGAAUUGACGUUUUUGAUGCAUCGGAUGAAAUUCUCUGGUUAAGUCCUAAUGCGUUACUUUAUGUGGGUAUAGAUAGUAAAAUGCGCUCGUGUAGGGUAAUUCAUCACGAUCUUACGGUACCUGUAGACUCUGAACAGGCAGACACUAUCUGUUAUGAGGAAAUAGAUGAGGCCUACUGGGUUAGUUCUCUUUGUUUUACUGCUGAUGAAUGUUUUGCUAUGUUUACUGUUGCCUCUGGUAAUUGUUCGGAAGUGUACGUUAUUCCAUGUGAUGUGGGAACCAAACGGUUUAUUACGGGUGUUCCUGUUGUUCGUACAUCCUUAACAGAGGAAGAAGAGGAGGAAGAAACAGAAGAAAGAGAAGAGGAUCACAGAGAAAAUAAUAAUGAUAAUAAUAAAGAAGAAGAAAAGAAAAGUGAGUCUCAUAAUAACAGUGGGAGUAGCAAUGGUAACAGUAUUCAUGAAUUCAAGAAAGAAAAUAAAUGUCCUGUGUUUUGUUUUCUAGGACGUGAAUCACAUGUGGAUUAUGAUGUGGAUCAUCAUGAGUCAUUCUUUGGUGAAGGUAUUGGAGCUUGGGUGAUGGUUACUGUAAACGCUCCUCCAGUGGAGGAAAACUUUCGAGUUGCUUAUCUUUUAGAUGAUGAUAUUGAAUGGAGUGAAAAAGAAAAUGAUGCUAACAGUAAUAGUAGUAGUAGUAGUAGUAGUAGUAGUAGUAAUAAUAACACGUAUACGCUCUCAUCUAUUUCACAAUGGCGACCUCUUUUUGCAUAUGAUCCAUAUAUUAGUGUAGAGUGUGUGGAGUGUCAACGGGAUUAUCUCCUUAUUAGUGCACGGCGUUCAGCAUUCCCUACAGUGCUUCUACUCCCUAUACGUACAUUAUGGAAUCGAUGGCGCAGCAUGAAUAAUAAUAAUAACAACAACAAUAACAAGAAGACUGGUAAUAUUAUCAAUAGGAAAUAUAUUGAACCAUUAUCUCUUCAAUAUGAUACUGUGGAUCUUUAUACGAUAGCAUGUCAGGCACCGAGUCGUCCUCUCACUGAGGUUUGCUUUUCUCUAAAGCAGUUAUUACAAGAACAACAAAAACAAAAACAGCAAGAAGAAGAAGAAAAGAAAGAGAAGAAGUUAAAUAAUGCACUAGAUGGAAAUUAUGAUGAACGUCUUCAUGGGAUAAUGAGUAGUACAGAAGAUACUUCCUUCAACUCCCGCUCUUGGCGUAUUAUAGUCACUCACCUCACCACUCCAACCACCACUCUUGGCUGUACAUUGGAAAUGAAGCCCAAGACGAAGAAGAAGAGGAAUAAGAAUAAUAAGAAGGGCAAAGAUGAUAAACUAACACAAGAAGAAGGGGAAGAAGAAGAAGAAGAAAAAGAAAAAGAAGAAGAAGAAAUGAUACUUCGUGUAACUCGACUCUACGAUGCGGUGGUGUGUGGUACUCCAUAUGAGUCUAAUGACUACGAGGCAUCUGUUGUGUGGGUUCCCUCCGAUUAUGCCUUUCAGAAUGGACCGCUAAACCCACUCCCAACAGCCGUACCUGCAGAGACUGUACACAUUCCCGUGUAUCUCUGUUGGAAGAAAUCUCUACGUGUUCCUGGUGGAAAUCCAAUGCUUCUCACAGUUUAUGGUAGUUAUGGAGAUUGUUGUGAUGUCGAGUUUGAGUCGGAGCGGCUUGUUUUGUUGGAUCGUGGUUUUAUUUGGGCCGCAGCGGCGGUGCGUGGCGGUGGUGAACUCGGCGUAGCCUGGCGAGAUGCUGGACGACGUUUACAACGUGCUACUAGUGUAAAUGACUUUGUAAGUGUAGCCCUUUACCUGCAACGACAAGAAGAUAAAGAAGAAGAAAAAGAAAAAGAAGAGAAGAAAAGGAUUUGUUGGUGUGCUCCUGGACGACUUGUUAUUUCUGGAGCUUCUGCUGGUGGUUUUGUAGUAACAGCGGCGAUGAAUUUGGCGCCAUCAUUGGCACUUGGUGUGAUUGCAACUGUACCAUUUGUGGAUUGUCUCACCACUCUACUGGAUUCUUCUCUACCUUUAACUGUAUGUGAAUGGGAUGAGUUUGGAAACCCACAAGAAGAUGCUACUGUUUAUAAAAUGAUUCGUGCGAUUUCACCAAUGGAUAAUAUUCCACCCGCUGGUGUGGUAUUACCGCAUUUAUUACUACAAACAGCAUGGAAUGAUACCCGUGUAGGUUACUGGGAGUCUCUUGCAUUUACGGCACGAUUACGUGAACGUUUAUUAGGGGCGACGAGUACUUCAUCUAGAAAUAUAAAUACUAAUACUACUAAUACUACUACUAUGAGGAAUAAUGAUGGUAUUAUUUUACAUCACUGUGAAUUUGAUGCUGGACAUGGUGGGGCAUCCGGGCGUUAUCAACGACUAAAGGAGAUUGCACGUGAGUAUUCUUUUGCUCUACUUGUUCAACAGGCAACGUAA